AUGCUUUCGGCAGAUCCGGUAGUGAUCUACCCAAAGGAAGGUGUUUUCUUAAAACAUGGCCGUGAGGUUAUGCCUGCGCCUGACUUUGUGACACUGGUGUGUCACAUGGGACCGUACAGACCAUACAAGUUGCGUAAGGACUUUUGGGAGAAGCUGGAAGCGGAGCGUCCUGUCUUCGAGAGGUUAGCUGUGGCGGCAGUAGAACGCGAGGAUGAGGUUGACUCCUGCAUGGUGCAGAAGGACAUAGUGGUUGAAGACACAGUGGGUGCUGUGACUCAUCCGAGUGGUACGAGGGUUAGGUUUGGACUCCCAGCGAAAGCUGGGGUAGAGACUACACCUAUCUCUGGCGGCGACAGUAAACGUGAGGAUGAGGUUGUGUCUUGUAUAGUGAAAGAAGACACAAUGGGUGCUGGGACUGAUCCGGGUGGCAAGAGGGUUAGGUGUGGGCUCCUUGCAGAGGAAGCAGGGGUAGAGGCCACACUCAUCUCUGCGGUAGGCGCGUUUUCCACGCAGUCCUGGCAGAAUCCCAGCGGGGGGCUGGAUCAGUCUGUACGAAAGGCGAAAACUCAGCUGGACUAG